AUGUUGGUGGUGGGAGGACUCUGCUCUCUCUGGUCCAUCCUCAGUCUCUCUGCCGCCGCCCUGCUGGUGGUGGGAGGACUCUGCUCUCUCUGGUCCAUUCUCAGUCUCUCUGUCGCCGCCCUGCUGGUGGUGGGAGGACUCUGCUCUCUCUGGUCCAUCCUCAGUCUCUCUGCCGCCGCCCUGCUGGUGGUGGGAGGACUCUGCUCUCUCUGGUCCAUCCUCAGUCUCUCUCUCGCCGCCCUGCUGGUGGUGGGAGGACUCUGCUCUCUCUGGUCCAUCCUCAGUCUCUCUGUCGCCGCCCUGCUGGUGGUGGGAGGACUCUGCUCUCUCUGCUUCAUCCUCAGUCUCUCUCUCGCCGCCCUGCUGGUGGUGCGAGGACGGUGCUUUCUCUUGUCCAUGCCCAGUCUCUCUGUCGCCGCCCUGCUGGUGGUGGAGGCGAUGCUCAUCUGUGGCCCUCAGUCUGUGGCCCUCAGUCUGUGGCCCUCAGUCUGUGGCCCUCAGUCUGUGGCCCUCAGUCUGUGGCCCUCAGUCUGUGGCCCUCAGUCUGUGGCCCUCAGUCUGUGGCCCUCAGUCUGUGGCCCUCAGUCUGUGGCCCUCAGUCUGUGGCCCUCAGUCUGUGUCUCGCUGCUACAGACAGAACAGGAGUGUUGA